AUCAUCAAGUGAUUUAUCAUCUUUAAGAAAUAAUUUUUUCAUUUGACUUGACAAAAAAUUCUUUUUUUUGUCCAUCUAGAAAAAUUUACCAAUUAUCUCAUCUCAUUCUGAAUCUAUCGCCAAUGAUAAUCAAUUUGAAAAAAAUUUUUGGCUAUUUCAACCAAACGAUUAACGCCAGUUAACUGUUUUUUUUCUUGUAUCUCGAAAACAUCGAUUCAAUUUUCCUUCAACAACUGAUCAUCAUCAUCAUCAUCAUCAGAACUAGUUUUAUCCUGUCGUUCGGUGUUGUUGUUGUUGUUGUUGUUUUGUGAAUUAUAAAUGUUCAAUGAUACCGAUACGAAAAAAUCAAUCAAUCAAUCCAACUUAACUCUCGAAUGAUUCAAAAAUUUCUGUGUGUAUGUUAAAAACAGAAAGAAAAUUUUUUUUGGAUUUUCAUUUUUCAAAAUUAAAUCUUCCUUCAAAUUUUUCCAUUGCUGUUAUCCUUAAGAUUUGUCUGUGACUAUUUUUACGUGUGCUGCUUUGCAUGGGAUUUAAUUUUUUUUUCUUUUCCUCAUCAUAAUAAUCAGAUAACAAGUGUUUGUGUUUAAAAAGAAAAUCUUCAUCGACAACAACAACAACAACAACAAAAAAAUGUCGCAUCAUAGCGACGAAGCAAUACCAUCGGCAACGUCCGAUAGUUUUUGGGAACCAGGAAAUUAUAAAAAAACUACAAAACGUACUGAAGAUGGUCAUAAACUAUGUAAUGAUUUAAUGACAUUGGUAAAAGAACGUUCUGAAAUUGAAUAUGCAUAUGGAAAAAAUCUUCGACAAUGGGCAAAAAAAUGGGAAGAAAUUAUUGUUAAAGGACCUGAAUAUGGUACAACCGAAUCAGCAUGGAAAGGUGUACUUGGUGAAGCUGAAAAACGUUAUGAUUUACAUAUGAAAAUUAAAAAUGAUCUAGAAAAAGAUGCCAUAGCCAAAAUAAGAAAUUGGCAAAAAGAUAAUUAUCAUAAAAAUGUAAUGCAUAUAAAAGAAAAAAAAGAAUUUGAUGAGGCGUUUAAAAAAGCACAAAAACCAUGGGCCAAAUUAUUGAGCAAAGUCAACAAAUGUAAACAAGAUUAUUUUAAUGCUUGUAAAAAUGAACGUUCAAUAACUAAUCAAGAAAGAAAUGCAUCUGGUGAUACAUCAUUAUCUCCAGAUCAGGUAAAAAAAUUACAAGAUCGUGCACAAAAAGCAAAAGAUGAGGUACAAAAAACGCGUGAAAAAUAUGAACAAUCAUUGAAAGAGAUAAGUAACACUAAUUCCAGAUAUAUUGAAGAUAUGGAAGCCGUUUUUGAUCGUUGCCAAGAAUUUGAAGAUAAAAGAUUGAAAUUUUUCAAAGAAAUUCUAUUCACCAUUCAUAAUUGCCUUAAUCUACCAAAUAUGCCUGAAUUAGCGACCAUCUAUGAAGAGUUUAGGCAUACGAUACAGAAUGCCGAUGCAUCAAAAGAUUUGAAAUAUUGGUCAAACACUUAUGGUGUUGGUAUGGCCAUGAAUUGGCCUCAAUUUGAGGAAUAUUGUGAAGAAUUUCGUGAAAUAAUCAAAAAGAAAACGACGACCGCAACAACGAUAUCGGAGAAUGGAAUCACAUUGGUUAAUCAACAUAAAUUGACCGAAGAAUUACCUGAAUACAAUCAUGAAUUAGCUAGCAUAUCGAAAAAGGAUAAAAAAAACAUAAACAAUGGAUAUAAUAAUGGUGACAAUGUUGUACUAUCCAACUAUCAGACUGAAUAUUAUUCCGAUAAUAAUAAAAUUGAUCAAUCAUGCAAUAAUAAUGGAAAUCUGAACAAUAAUAAUAAUAAUACUACUGCCAAAAGGAUAAACACAACAAACGGUAAAAAUGAUCCAGAAAAUCCAUUUGAAGAUGAUCAUGAAGAUUGGGAAGAUUAUUCCACAGAAGCAUUAGUAGAUAAUGGUGAACCGGGUGUACUGGUCAAAGCUCUUUAUGAUUAUGAAGGUGCUGAAUCGGAUGAAUUAUCAUUCAAACAAGGUGAUAUAUUUGAAAAAUUGGAAGAUGAAGAUGAUCAAGGAUGGUGUAAAGGCCGAAAAGAUGGCCGUGUUGGUCUUUAUCCAGCCAAUUAUAUCGAAGUUCUUUCAACUAAUGCCUCGUAGCUCAAAAUAUAAAAGUAUAUCCGCUCUCUCGCUCUCUUUUUUCCCGCAAUUCUUCCUCAACUAUCAUGAUCAUUUUUAUUAAUUUUGAUUAAUAUC